AUGGGAUCCCACUGUGCCAAGCUCAGCACCGGCCACAGCACAGGCCACGGCCAGGGCCACGAAUCCUCCAUGAAGAAGCUUAUGGGCUGCGUGAGCCGAGAUGACUUCUCCUUGUCGUCGGAGGAGGAAGAGGAGGAAGAGGAGGAAGGGCAGGAGGAGGAGGAGCUUCCGGUGCAGGGCAAGCUGCUUCUGAUGGAGCCCGAGUGGAAGGAGGAGAGCACAGUGGACAACCCCAUGACCCAGCAGGGUCCCAAGCCCACGCAGACGUGCUCCGGACAGCCUGGGGAGUGGUGCCCGCUGACGUGCCAGCAAGAACUUUUGGAAAAGAGCCAAUAA